UUCAUUCAACUCUCUUUUUCUUGUAUUUCACUCAAGUUUCCAUGUCCCUUAUUCUGUCCCUUUAAUAUCCACGUUUGUCCUGUAUUUUCCAUUUCUAAAGUUGGCCACCCUAGCAACAGAUGACAAACCCUCUUAUGCUGAAAGGCGGUUGGGCUAGUUUUAUUACCAGUAGGUUGAAUUAUUUAGAAAUCCCUGGCAGAGCUGGAGGGUUCUAUUUUCUCACGGUCUACCUGCAGAGCUUCUUCAUUUACAGCAAAGGGAACCAAGAGCAUUCGUUUAAUAAAAUCAACAUUUAUAUAUUUUUAUAUAUUUUGAAAAUGAAGAAUCUAUUCAUUUUCCUCAUGAUUUUGCCCUACCACGGUUCAUCUGGAGUUACAGAUGAAAAAUCAGUGUCAGUGAAUGAGGGAGAAUCAGUCACUCUGCACACUGGUGUUAAAACAAACCAACAAGAGGAGAUUGCAUGGUAUUUUAAUAACUCUCGCAUUGCUCGAAUCAUUGGAGAUCAGAGUGAUAUCUGUACAGAUGUUCAGUGUAAAGAGAGAUUCAGAGACAGACUGAAGCUGGAUCAUCAGACUGGAUCUCUGACCAUCAUGAACACCAGAAACACAGACUCUGGAGAAUAUAAACUAGCCAUACUCAGUCACAGCAGCGGCAGUGACAAGAUCUUCAGAGUUGCUGUUAAUGAUGGGCCUUCUGCUCGACGAGGUGAAAUGAAGACCAAGUCUGUAGUGGAGGGAGAAUAUGUCACGUUAGAUCCUGGUGAAAUAAACCACCCAAAUGUUGUGAUGACGUGGUAUUUUAAUGAGACUCUCAUCGCUGAAAUCACUGGAGAUCAGAGUGAGAUCUGUUCAGAUGUUCAGUGUAAAGAGAGAUUCAGAGACAGACUGAAGCUGGAUCAUCAGACUGGAUCUCUGAUCAUCACAGACACCAGAACCACAGACUCUGGAGAAUAUAAACUACAGAUCAGCAGCAGAAACAACAACAGUAGCAGUGUUGUUGUCACCAGUUUAAAGAGCUUCAGCGUUUCUAUCACCGUUGCAGGUUUGUCUGCAGGUGGAAAAGCAGGAAUAUGUGUUGCUGUCCUGCUGAUUAUAGCUGCAUCUGUUUGUGGGUUUUAUUUCUACAAGCGUCGAGUAAAUAAAAAAGACACCGGGACGCAGCACAAUGAUCAGGUAAGAUACUAUGAGCACUGAAUCAGUUUACCUACAAUAAAUCAGAAUUAAUGUCUUCAAGUUGGCACUGUUGGACAGCACUGUUCUUACAGUUUACUUCACAAUAAACGAUGGCGUGGAUACAUUUUCAUUAUUAUGUUACUAUAUAAUUCCAAUAGUUGAUUUAAUAAGAUUAUUAUGAUAAUAGUUUAAAUAGUUUUAUUGUUUAAGUGCACUUUUGGCCACAACUGUAUCUUACUGUAGUAUAGAAGAUGACAGUGUAAGGCAGUUGAUCAUAUUCAUUAAUAUUUAACAAAAGAACACCAUAUAUUCUGCAAACAUAAAAAGAAAUACACUUGCA